AUGGAAGUGAAUCUUCCCAGGGACCGGCCAAAGGCAAGAAAAACUGCUUGCCCUUUUCCAUCUAAGACAGAGAUUCAAAUUAUACUUUCGUCAAAAGUGAGACAUUUUGGAAUCUGCGCUGCUGGCAGUGCUAAAGAUGAUGAUGAUGAUGAUGAUGAUGAUAAUGAAGCUGUAGGUGGUAACGACGUAACUGACACUGUUGAAUGUGACCAGGUUAAGGGAUGUCAUCGGUCGUGA